AUGGUAAAAUUACGACAAACUGAUGUCAAUGCUUUAGGUAAUGCUACCUUCAUUGAAGCAUGUAAAUUUUAUGCACGUGGAUCAGUAAGUGGUUCAACAUGCGAUUGUAAAACAGGAUGGCAUUUUGUACUCCAUGGUACUUUAGCUGCUUUGCAUGGACAUUUUUUUGUGGCACAACCACUAUUACAAGCACAAGCUUCUGCAACUGAAUUAACACCACUACUAACGUAA